AUGUUUUGAAACUUAAAGGAUUUGAGGUUAAAAGGUUUUAACUACAAGCAUCUUAAAUUUGGAAGAACUUUGUCAACUAAUAUGAUUUAAAUGAACAAGUUUACACUUUUCCUCUCUGUGCGAUGAAUUUUCUAAAACGGUCAAAGCGUGUAGUUCCACUUUCGCCACUUCAAAUUUUUCACAGACUAAGGAGCCAAUCUUCUGCGGAAUACUGCCUCAAUUUGGUAAAAAGUCAAGAUUAUGAAAACUUUUUAUGCUCAAUACUUCUUCGGAAUAAUGUCCGGGCGAUAGCUUUCGCUGUGCGUGGGUUUAACAUUGAAGUAUCUAAAGUGGCAGAUAAAGUAUCUCAGGAAAGUAUCGGAUUAAUGAGACUGAAAUUCUGGGAGGAAACUUUGAAUAAAUGCUUUCUGAUGGAUUUAAAACAAGUUCCUAAGCAUCCCGUGGCAAUUGAGUUAUAUAAGGCUUUAACAAAAGCCAAAUUAAGUAAGAGGUAUUUUAAUAAUCUCAUAAGCUCCAGGAGAGAAUUUAUGCGAUUAAAUGGCUUUAAAGACAUGCAACACAUGGAGAGUUACUCUGAACAGUCAGUCUCAAAUGCUUAUUAUUUGAUUUUGGAAGGGGCUGGGCUCAAGAAUUUACAUGCAGAUCAUGCAGCAUCCCAUCUCGGGAAGGCGCAAGGCAUUGCUCAACAAAUUAGAAGUAUACCCCAUAGUAAAAGGUUAAACUUUCUUCCAAUUCCUCAAGAUUUGUUGUUAAGAAAUAAAAUUAGUCAAGAACAGAUCAUUAGAGGAAGAAACUCUGAACAUUUGCGAGAGUGUGUAUAUGAAAUUGCCAGCAGAGCUCACCAACAUUUGACAAAAGCGAGGAAUCUCUUGGAAACUGUCCCUUUAGAGGCUAGGCCUUCAUUAUUGCCUGCAGUACCUGUUGGUAUUUAUUUGAAUAGGUUACAAAAAGUUAAUUAUAACGUUUUUGAUAUAGGAUUACAACAGAGACCAUGGAAAAUAUUUCCGUUAUUAUUUAUAGCGAAUUUUCUUUCGACUAACCAAAAAACUCAAGGUCGUCGAUCUAUGACUACACAGUGCUAGGUUAUGUAAAAAUUACACAACUGCAAAACAAAAUUCAUAGUAGAUCAACAAAAUGCCUCCCAGGCCCAAAAUCCAACACCAUGAUGUGAGCCCGUUUCUUCAAAAUCUUAGAGAGAUCCUGUUAGGCAGAAAACACACCAAA